CAAUGUCACUCUCGCCAUCGACAUUUAAUCUUAAAGUGAGUGGGAUACCAACGAAUACCGAUGUGGCCAGAGUCAUGACAUGUCUCUUUGAGAAAGAUGUUGAAUUCCGUCACAUCCCUGGGUCAAUAGGACGAAAAUUUGCAGUAGUUCAGGAGAUCGGGAAAAUUGAUGCUUGUUACGAAUCGAGACACAUAUGCAAGUACGUUUGUGAGAAGUUUAGUGAGAAAGGGAAUCGAGAACUGUACGGAAGGAAUCCAUUGGCAAAGAAGAGCAUAGAGGAGUGGAUGAAGAUGGAGGAGGAGAGAUUUGAUUCACCUUCAAAUAUUGUGACGUCUUACAAGGGAGUAAAUUCUAUUUUGAUGAAAAAAAUGAGUUUAGAAGAGUUGGGUGAGAUGAUGGAGAUAUAUGAGAAUACACUCGGGAAGAGUCGUUACCUAGCUGGGGAUGAAUUCACACUUGCAGAUCUCUUCCAUCUUCCCAGUGUUCAUAACUUGGUCAAUAUCACUCACACUGCUCCACUAUUUGCUUCUCCAAACCUUUCCAGAUGGUGGAACGAUAUCUCCUCUCGUCAUUCUUGGAAGAAGCUUCUUCAAAUUCGUCAAGAAUACUUAAAAAGGAAUUAAAAUAUCACUGUGCAAUGUUUCAUCUUCUAAUGUUUUUUGUUUUGUUACAUUUUCUAUUUUUUAGAUAUAUUUUUAAUUUCAGAUAAUUAGGAAGGAUUGUGUGUUCAAAUAAUAAUUAUUUUGUUUCAUGAUUGGAAAGUAAUUUUAAAAUUAUCUUAUUUAAAGUUUUUAUUUUAGAGCUUCUUACUAACUAUAAUAAUCUCAAAUAACAAAUAGAAUGAUAUAUCUUUAAAAUAUCACUAGUACAAUCCAGGCUUUCAACGUAUAGUAUUAAACGUCACAUCAGAAACAAUCAAUAUAAAAAAUAACAAAUAAUAUUAUUGUAAAUAAAAUGACAAAUUAGACAUCGGUCACUCGAUUCUGCCAUGUCAUAAACACGUUUGAAGUCGGCUUUAGUAUACCACCAACGUUCAAUACGAUGCAGAAUAUGUAAGGACCGGGUGUCCUUUUUAAAUUUUAAAAUGAAAGUGGUGGGGAAGGCCUUCUAAUGGGCGACUGCACGUUUGGAAGGGGGAAAGGGACAGCAGCCAGUGGGAGCUUCAAGUUGUGGACGGCUGGGUGGAGUGGGCAGCUGCACAGUUGAAGUGGAGGGGCUUCCCAUUCAACAAAGUGGGCAGCAGCAGGAGUUGGUGGGUCUUCCCACUUUGAGAGUGCCACAGCCACCAAGGAACACCAUCAUCUCCAUCAAUUAGUGGGAUUUGGCACUAGGAAUGCAGGGGAGUGGCUGAGAGUGCAAGGUUUUCCAUUAAAAAGGGAGAGCCGUGGGUUUGAAGGGGUUGGGUUCGGCAUUUGGAGAAGGAGAGGAAGCUUACUGCAGAUUUGGGAGAAGUGAGACAGAGAACGUCCAGAGCUCUUCUGCAAAUCUUUUGGGAGAAAGAUUCAAGGAGGUCUUCAAGAGACGUUGUUGAAGAGAUCACUUUGGAGCAAGAGCUGGAGGAUACUAAGGUUGCGGAGUAGUCUUCUUAGGAACUUUCCCAUCUGAACACGUGUAGUGUUCGAAUCUUUAAGCUGUUUAAGUUUGGUUUCCCGUUUCUUUUAAUUCUGGAUGACUGUAAUUUUACAUUUAAUUACACGUCAUGUCGGCCCGAAAGAAAGAGUAUUUGAAGUCAUAUAUUGUUUUAUGACAUAAACAACAGCGUGAGAGAAUGCAUUUGCUCACUAUUUCUGCAUGCUCACUAUUCUUAGGUUUUCAAUCUAUUAAAUUGACAGCAAUGAAAAAAGAAACUUCAUAUUUUAUAUAA